GGCGCUCAGGCACUGAGCCGCGCUACCUCGGCUCCGCUCGGCUCCGGCUCGGACUGCAGCUCCAGCGGGGGUGGGCGGCUGGGAUGACAGCGGCGGUGGCAGCGGCUGCGGCGCGGGACUGAGCGAGCGGCGAGCGAGCCGAGGGAAGAGGAGGAAGUACAGCCGCGGCCCGGAGCUCUGGAGUCAGCUGCCGCGCCGUGGACCGCCCCAUAUUGCAGAGCCAGCCGAGUCCGGACCUAGAAAGACUUCCCCGCCGGCUCCGGCCGCCGCGGCUCCGCGCUCUUCGCCGGCGCCCUGCCCUGCCCCGCCUGCCCCAGACCCGGGUUCCGGCGGGACGCUCCCUGCUCCGCGGUCCGGGGCGUGUGGCCCGGACGCCCCGAGCUCCCGACCCAGAUCCAGUGCACCGGGACGGGACGCUCCUGGCCCACCAUACGGCUCCAGGGUUACGGGCUCGCUCGCAGCCUUUCUGUAGCGUGUGUCGGAGCCCCCAGCCCUCCGGCCAGGGUUAAGGCGGGGUGCACCCCAGCCCCCUGAUUGAGUGCAAAGGAGUCCGGACGCCUCCAGACUCUGGUUCCCCGAAACCGGGACCUUCUGCCGCCUCUGAUACGGUACUUCGGACUUAGGAUCAGUGCGAAAGUCCAGGAAGCCCCGGCCUGGUCCAGAGCCCCGUGAGGGGUCCCAGGCGGGCUGGACAGUCAGACCGAGCCAGACUGGGCUGGUGCUGCGAGCCGAAACUGCCACCUUCCUGCCGCCCAGACGAGGGGCUGAACGCUUGCCCCGAAGAGAACACAAGAGAGAGCCGAGAGCUGCAGCUCUCCCACUGAAGUGACAUCACCACCUCCAUGGACAAGACCCCCCCUUCUCCAGGAGCCCAGCUCAUAGCCGCUGGUACCUUCUUCCAGGACCAGCUGGGGGCCUCCAUGGGCGCCUGAAGGCAGGGCGCCAGGGCCGCGGGCACGAGCAUGGUGAGACACCAGCCCCUGCAGUACUAUGAGCCGCAGCUCUGCCUCUCCUGCCUCACGGGCAUCUAUGGCUGCCGCUGGAAGCGCUACCAGCGUUCUCAUGAUGACACCACUCCGUGGGAGCGCCUCUGGUUCCUGCUGCUGACCUUUACCUUCGGCCUCACGCUCACCUGGCUCUACUUCUGGUGGGAAGUCCACAAUGACUACGAUGAAUUCAACUGGUACCUCUACAACCGCAUGGGCUACUGGAGUGACUGGUCCGUGCCCAUCCUCAUGACCACAGCAGCUGCCUUCACUUACAUCGCUGGCCUCCAGGUCCUGGCACUAUGUCACAUCGCCGUGGGGCAGCAGAUGAACCUGCACUGGCUGCACAAGAUCGGGCUGGUAGCCAUCCUGGUGGCCACCGUGGUGGCCAUGUCGGCUGUGGCCCAGCUGUGGGAGGACGAGUGGGAGGUGCUCCUCAUCUCCCUGCAGGGCACAGCGCCGUUCCUGCAUGUGGGGGCCCUGGUGGCUGUCACAGCACUCUCCUGGAUCGUGGCAGGACAGUUUGCCCGUGCAGAGCGGUCCUCCUCCCAGAUAGCCAUUCUCGGAACCUUCUUCACCGUGGUGUUUGCCCUCUACCUGGCCCCUCUCACCAUCUCCUCUCCCUGCAUCAUGGAGAAAAAGGACCUGGGCCCCAAACCUGCCCUCAUCGGCCACCGCGGGGCCCCCAUGCUGGCCCCAGAGCACACGCUGAUGUCCUUCAGGAAGGCCCUAGAGCAGAAGCUGUAUGGACUCCAGGCUGAUGUCACCAUCAGCCUGGACGGGGUGCCCUUCCUCAUGCAUGACCCCACCCUUCGGCGCACCACCAACGUGGAGGAGGAGUUCCCGGAGCUCGCCCGCAGGCCUGCCUCCAUGCUCAACUGGACUGUCCUGCAGAGGCUCAACGCCGGCCAGUGGUUCCUGAAGACGGACCCGUUCUGGACAGCCAGCUCCCUGUCACCCUCCGACCACAGGGAGGCCCAAAACCAGUCCAUCUGCAGCCUAAUGGAGCUCUUGGAACUGGCCAAGGGCAAUGCCACGCUGCUGCUCAACCUGCGUGACCCGCCGCGGGAGCACCCCUACCGCACCAGCUUCCUCAACAUCACGCUGGAGGCCCUUCUGCGCUCAGGCUUCCCCCAGCACCAGGUCCUGUGGCUGCCCAGCAGGCAGAGACCCUUCGUGCGGAAGGUGGCUCCUGGCUUCCAGCAGAUGUCAGGCUCCAAGGAGGCGGCCGCCAGCCUGAGGAGAAGCCACAUCCAGCGGCUGAACCUGCGCUACACCCAGGUGUCCCGCCAGGAGCUCAGGGACUAUGCAUCCUGGAACCUGAGUGUGAACCUCUACACGGUCAAUGCCCCGUGGCUCUUCUCCCUGCUGUGGUGCGCGGGGGUCCCGUCCGUCACCUCCGACAACUCCCACACCUUGUCCCAGGUGCCUUCCCCACUCUGGAUCAUGCCCCCGGACGAGUACUGUCUCAUGUGGGUCACCGCCGACCUGAUCUCCUUCACCCUCAUCGUUGGCAUCUUCGUACUCCAGAAGUGGCGCCUGGGUGGCAUCCGGAGCUACAACCCCGAGCAGAUCAUGCUGAGUGCUGCAGUGCGCCGGACCAGCCGGGACGUCAGCAUCAUGAAGGAGAAGCUCAUCUUCUCAGAGAUCAGUGAUGGCAUGGAGGUCUCCGAUGAGCUCUCCGUAUGUUCGGACAACAUUUAUGACACGUAUGCCAACAGCGCCACCGCCCCAGUGGCCCCUCGAGGGAGCGGCAGCCGUGCCAAGACCCUCACAGACCGGAGUGGGCGUUAGCUGAAGACCCGUCUGUCCAGCUGUACCUCGUGUGGAGACCAGAGAAGCCCACAGAGCUGGCAGAAGCAUGCUUGGGGCGCUAACUCCACAGCCUCCUCACUGGCUCCAGUCCCUUGUCAGCCAUGGCCUCUCUUGGAGGGGCUCCCCUCUAGCCUCUCAGAUGCCCCUGAAGGCCUGGGGCUCAUUUUUCUGGGAAGUCUGGGGCCUAAAGUCCAGGGUCCGGAGCCCAGGGCCCUGUCCACUCCCUGAGGCCCUCCUUUGCAUCCUUACCUGGAAGCUUUGAGGGGUCGCUGGGCUGUGCCAUGCCCCCUGCAGCAGCAGAGGACGUGGAGCCUGCGUGUGCCCACGUGUGUCUGUUCUGUCCGUGCUGUGAGGAAACCGCCUUCUCGGUGAUUCUCCUGCCUCAAGGGGCUGGGCUGGGCCUCUGCCCCAGCACCUCCGCUCUUCCGUCAGUCUCAAAGCACAAGGAAGCUUGGCCCAGGAGGAACGCCUGCUCCAGUGGUGGGGACACUAGUCCUCCCCAUCCAGCCUCCUGCUGACGUGGGCCAUGUCCCCCAGGAGCUGCUGGAGAUGGCAAGAGCAGGCUCAGGGCUGCUGGAUCCACACCCAGGAGAUCCACAGACUGACAUGACCUCAGGUUCCCAUGUCAGUGGCCAAGAGCAGGGGCCAGCUGGGACAAGUGUUCAGGCAUGGUUGAUGGUGGGCGUAUGGCCAAGGAGGCCUAGAGUGGAGGGAGCCUGAGGGGCCUUGGCCAGGAUGAUUAAAGCUGCCAUCUUGA